UUGAAUGUGUUAUCUGCGGUCAGGGUAUGAGCAAUGGGUCGGACAUGUCCAUUCAAAAGUGUAUAAAGGAGUGAGUCGACAAUUUAUCGAGUAUGAAUGGUUAUUUGAGAAGUGAAGAGGGAGUCAGGAGAGAGACAGGGCCGGUGCUUGGCAUCACCACGUGAUGUCUACCGAUAAGAUAAGAUGUAGGUACCAUGUACUAUUUUGAGCACUGCCACCUUGGACACUCUUUUUUUCCAUUCUCCUUUUCGCCUUUUUCACUUUUGCAGUCUCGAACAACUUACGCGUCCAACAUCCACAAUGACCGUCGUAACGCGCAAUCACUGUCAUCAAUGUCCUUCUUUCCACGUUUCAGUUGGCCUGUGUUCCUCCAAUGCCUCUUUCCUUAUCUGCCCUGCCCUCUGUAUCAUGCCUUAAUGCUGCAUCACCUUCUGUAUCAACACCUGCUGCAAUUCCCGCCCGUUCCCACCUUUCUACAAACCUUCGUGUUUUGGCUUUUUGCUGGGACUUUUUCCCUUCGAGACUGUAGUCGUCGCAAUCACUCUUUAACAAGGCCAGAACCAUGAUCCCUUUCCUUUUGCGUUCCAUUUCUGUUGCCAUUCUCUACCUGUUGACAUAGACCAUUGACUUAUCGCAUUCGUUAUACUCUCGUGGUCAUGUCUUACCCUCGUUCUCAAUUCGAAG